AUCCGGGAGCGCCGCAGGGGCGGGACCAGGGGAGCGGAGCGGGACAGGGAGGGCGGCCGGGCUGCUCCCCGAGCCGGCCCCGCCAUGGCCCGCCAGCUGAUCGGCCCCGCGCUGCCGCCCGGCUUCCCGCGCCGCGCCGAGGCCGAGCCGGGCGAGGACUUCAGCCAGGUUGCAGGACCAGCACUGCCUCCAGACUACAAAAGCAGCUGUAGCUCAGAAACUCCUGACAGUGAUGACGACUCAGAAUCUCUUCCUCUACCCAGAGACACAAACAGAGACUCUGAAGAGGAGACAGAAGGAGAUCCAGCACCCAAAAAGCCGAAAAGAACUCAUGAAGAUGAUGAUGAUGAUGGCUUUUUUGGGCCAGCUCUUCCACCUGGAUUUAAAAAACAAGAUGAUUCUCCAGAGAGGCCCAUUAUAGGUCCUGCAUUACCACCUGGCUUUAGGAAAGCUUCAGAGGACACCAGAAGUAGCAGAUGUUUCAUAGGACCGUCUGUUCCAUCAGAAUCCCGUCCCCAGCUGACAGAUAGCAGCGAGGAUGAAGACAAUUUAAUAGGCCCAAUGCCUGCAAAAGGACCAGUGGAGUCUGAUGUGGCUAAAGAGUUUGAACGCAGAGCUCAGAGAAUGAAAGAAAAGCUUACUGCAGCAGACAGCGAUGAACCCAAACAAGUUACCAGAGAAUCAUGGAUGACAGAGCUUCCACCUGAGCUGAAAAGCUUUGGAUUUGGCCCAAGAACAUUCAAGAGACGAGCUGAUGACAAAUCAGGUGAUAGAUCUAUUUGGACAGAUACUCCAGCUGACAGAGAGAGAAAAGCCAAGGAAAGAGAAGAGGCAAAAAAGUCAAGCAGUAAGGAUAAUGAAGAAAUGGUAUUAUCUGGGAGGGACAAGAGGCUUAUUGAGCAGGUGUCUUCAUACAAUGAGUCAAAGAGGUCAGAGUCUCUCAUGGACAUCCACCAGAAAAAGCUGAAGAACAAAGCAUCUGAAGAAAAGAGCAAACCUCAGGAAAGAAGGCCAUUUGACCGAGAGCAGGAUCUCAAAGUCAAUCGCUUUGAUGAAGCACAAAAGAAAGCUCUUAUAAAGAAAUCCAGAGAUCUGAAUAGUAAAUUUGAGCACAGUAAAGGCAACAUGUUUUUAUAAGAUGUGAAAGCAUUAAGCUUUUUUGAAGUCUAUUAAAAUUUGAAUACUUAAUUUUUAUAAGUAUUUUUCUGUAAAUAUUUGUAUCCAAAAUAAAUAUCCUAAUGUUUAACUAUUUUUCCUUGUCUGUAAAUACUCUGUUAGGGAGGAUCAUCUGUACUGAAACUAAACUAGCAAAGGGAAGUCCUGUUAUAAAAAAAUAUAAAUUUGCUACUUUAAAGCUUUGAUAUGUAUGUUUUUUGUUGUUCACAUAAAAAUAAUUAAUUAAAAUAGGUAGGUUUUAAGGAGCUCUAGGUUUAAUCUUGCAAUGGAGUUGGCAGUUUUGCUUUUUUUCCUGCCGUGCUUAAGAUCCGCUUUCUGAGCCUGAGGUGAAGGCCAUGGAAAAAUCCCUUUUACAUCUGUGUGCAGAACAUUGCUUGACUGGAGUUCCUGCUGGGGAGUAUAAACUCAAAUGGCAGCUUUUACAUUCGCCCAGUGCUUUUAUUUCUCUGAUUCUGUGUCUGUACAUAUAUACAGGUUUAUAUGUACGCAGUACAGUUUCUGUACUGUAGCACAAAGAGCUAGGGGUAGCAGGAGUAGUAAAACCUGAAGGUUUUCAGAGUUGGUUGUAAAAUGGUAGUAUAUGAGAAGAGAAAAUCUAAUUUGAGUUUCAAUUUGUAGGGAUUGUCAUCAGAAAUCCAUCUUUUUUUAAGCACAUACAAUGUGAAAAUCAAAAUAAGACUUAUUUUGUCCAUUAAUUUGCAGACCAGAGCAGCUCUUCUGUAAAGAAGGAAAUAAAUUUGACAUUUUAAAAAGUCUA